CGAUCGAGGACAAAAACAGUCGGCAUCCUCUGACAGUUCAACACAAACAGGAAGAUUAAACACAUUUUGUACAUUGUCGACACGGUGGGCACCAAGAGAGAAAUGGUUUCUCCGGUCACAGUGGUCAAGAGCGAAGGUCCUAAACUGGUGCCAUUCUUCAAGGCAACCUGUGUGUACUUCGUCCUGUGGCUGCCCACCUCAAGCCCAUCCUGGUUCAGCGCCUUAAUCAAAUGCCUGCCCAUCUUCUGCCUGUGGGUGUUUUUACUGGCUCAUGGCUUCAGCUUCCUUGGUGCUCACGCCAAUGCCCGCAAGAUCUUGGCUGGUCUCAUCUUCUCAGCUCUUGGUGAUGCUUUUCUCAUCUGGCAAGAGCAAGGAUACUUUAUCCAUGGGAUCCUGAUGUUUGCCAUCACCCACAUCCUUUAUUCGUCAGCCUUUGGAAUGAAGCCCCUAAAUGUCCAUGCUGGCCUGGUGAUCACUGCUGUGUCCUCUUUGAGCUACAUCCUGCUCUACCCUUACCUGUCCGGCCCCUUUACCUACCUGGUGGCCGUCUACAUCGCUCUGAUUGGCUUCAUGGGCUGGAGAGCCAUCGCAGGCCUGCAGUUGACCAAUGAUCUGUGGACCUGGACCAAGCUGUCGGCCUGCCUGGGCGCGGUGCUAUUCAUGGUCUCGGACCUCACUAUUGCCGUCAACAAGUUCUGUUUCCCUGUGCCCCAUUCGCGAGCCAUCAUCAUGGCCACCUACUACGCUGCCCAGAUGCUCAUAGCGCUGUCGGCCGUCGAGUGCCAAGACGCGGAGGUGACCCGGAAGAGAACAUGAGGUGAAGCAGUCUCCACAGGGCGUAGCUAUGGGGAAGUGGCUCCAACUACGGCCCUAAGUGAUCAUGGACACAUCUCACUGCCAAAUCCCCAACCCUUUGCCUUCAUCUCAGUGUGGUACUCCCACACAAGUGUUACCAUGGCAACUGAUCCACUACAUGACUCUCACCCUACUGUCUCACUAGUAUGGUAGUAUCACACGUCUUCUUGUCUAGAAGGCACGGUAGUAUUUUCCCAUUAGUCAUACCAGCGUUUUCAUCUAGAAAAGAUGUUUCUCAAAAAGAAAAUAUUACAAAUAGAAAUAUUAACCUGCUAUACAUACGUAGGGUAGGCCCAUGACUUUACUUUUAAGAGUUUUGAUUUAAGGGGAACAUGUCACUGGACACUUUGUGUGUGCGUGUGCGUGCGUGUGUGCGUGUGUGUGUGUGUGUUGGCGUGUGUGUGUUGGUGUGUGUGUGUUGGCGUGUGUGUGUGUGCAUUUAUGUGGAUGAUUGCGUCCCACACCGACUUGUCACACACGGUUGACUCCCAAUGCUAAUUCCUUCUAUAGAUGGUCCAAUAACACAAUUUGUACUUAUUUCUUGUUUUGUUACCUGCAGCCUUGUUCAAAAGGGAUUUUUCUUUUUUUAACCAGCUUUCCUGUCUUUGCCAUUUCACUCUCCAUUGUUCUUCUUUCCCCUGCAUGAAGGGUGCUAUUCUUGAAGUUUGAAACAUAUCCACAGCUCCUUUUUUAAAAUCUGCACUUCCUUCCAUUUCACUUGCAACAACCUGACCGCUGCUGUUCAAGCCACUGCUUUCCCUCCCACUCAGCCUCUCUUUGAGAAUGAAUAUUAUAUCCGCUGAAAUGUGAGUGAAUUACCACGUGUACAGGAGCAUAAUGAAAAAGACAAAAUAAGAGGUGGAAAGGCGAGAAGGUGGAUUUACAUAACUUUAAAUAUUUGGGAUUAUUUCAGUUUUAAGGAUUGAAUGCUGAUGUUGUGAGUGACAGAUGCUGCUGUCACAUAGAAGGCACAGGACGCAUUUCAGAGACAGCACACCGCUGUACACAAUCUUCACACACCUGUACAUCUCCUUUUGGUGUUUGGUACACCAGGGAUUUGUUUGGCCUGUGAGCAAUUUCAUAAGAAAUGUAGAUGCAAAUGUCACGAUGACGCCUACACCUCCAGGUGAUUUAGGUUUGAUGAGAAGUUAACUAGGAUCUUGUUGCUGGACUAUAUCAGUUGAGUCAUACUACUCAAUGGACGUGUUAUGUAAGUAGAAAGAAGUAUGCUAAUGGAUGUAUUAUCGUUUUUUAAUUAUUAUUUUUAAUCAACUGCAUUUACUCAUUGGUAAAUGACAUGCGCACAAACAUACACCCGAAUGUACCCACUGCAAAAACAAGAGAAGUGAAUUGUCACGUGAGGGAAAAGUUAUCCCAUUAUUCCCCAUAAUUUCUUCUCACAGGACACUUUAUCAACUUUAAUCCCUCGAAAUCCUCCACAGCUAAUCUCCAACAGGUCGGUUGAUAGUUUGUCUUUCACCUGUCACAUAUUUCCCCCUUUCAUUCUCAACUUUGACUUUUUUUUAUUCACCUCCUGCAAAAGUUUAGUUUAAAAUUAAGUGUCUUACUGAAAAUAUAAGACUCAGCUGCAUAUUUUUAAGCGUGCUUGAAUUUGCCAGAGUGUGUUUAUUGCAGUUGUCUUAACCGUUGAGGGAUCAUCUGUGUCACAUAGUCGGUCCUCGAGGGCCGGCGUCCUGCAGGUUUGAGACGUUUCCCUGUUUCAACACACCUAAUUCUAAUUAAAGGCCAUCAUCAGCAUGUCACCAAUGUCUGGCAAAAGUCUGUCAAUGACACAGUGAUGUCUGUCAGGGUGUGUCGACGCAGGGAAACAUCUCAAACCUGCAGGACUGACUAUCUGCACCCCUGAACAUAGUAUAUGUGAUGUAGACACACUGCUGGAUACUUCUGAUGUAUGCUCAUAAGGUUCUUUAACUUCUUCAAACUCAAACCUCAUUACAUAGGAAUUCACCUGGCCAUCCCAGUUCAUCUCAUAUAAUUGAUUUUCUUACAAGAGAAAGAAAAAAGAAUCAUGUAAAGCUUCUGUUGAAUUUACGAGAUGUUCUACUUAAAAGGCUUCUCCUAAGUUAUAUUUGGGUCUUCAGUGAAAAAUUCUGUUUUGUUUUGUUUUUUGAAUGCGUACCUUAUAAAUUAGAUUACACAAAUUUCUAAAUUUGGCUCCACUUGAGUGAAAACAAUAAGACUUCUGUAAAAAAAGAAGAUAUUUAUGUACAAAAAGGUUACUUUGAUUGAUGAACCCAUGAGCGUUCAUCAUCAGCUGCUUAGGUGCGUCAUCAGGGAUUUAAUACAUUUUAAUUCAGUUCAUAUAACCAAUCAGUGAGGCUUAUAAAGACGUUGAAGUACAUGUUUAUAUAUACAGAGAGAGAGAGAGAGAGAAAGAGAAGUUUAGGGUAGCAGUUUUUUUCAAGGUCCAGUGAACCAGAUAGCUGUCACAUGAUAUCCUUGAGAAAAACUCUCGAGGUAAUCUGGGUUCGGGUUAGUUAGUAUAAUAACCUGUAUGCGUGCUAUUUAUGAAACAAACAGGCACGGAAAGUUGCUCCAUGCCUGGAAGUUGUUCCAAGUUCUGGGUCAAUGACCUAUAGAGCUGUCAGUCAGAGUGAAAAAAAAACAACAAAAAAACGCACACAAAUCAAAAUGUAUUCAUGCAUCACAUAAGACACCUCGUCACGUCUGCGGGCACUCUGUGGUGUUGACACUCAUCAUAGUUUUUUUUUUCUUUUUUAACAUUAUCAGCAGUGCUUUGCUUGACCGAGAAAGACAGGCCAAGUGGCUGUUCUCGACCACUGCUUUAGUUCCUCAAACUCUUUCUGCCAUCUGUGUGCUUGUCAGCAAGAUAUUUGUGCUUUGUCAGUCAGAAGUGUUGCAGAAGUCCUUCUGACUUUUGUUGCAUGCUUUAAUUUGUCUUUCCUCUUCUCAUCUGCUCCACCUCACUGCAGAGCUCUGUCUGGCAAUGAUUAAUAUGAGCCUUCUACUGAAAGCUGUCUGCAGAGAGGUGCUACAAGACAUGUAUUUAUCUGACUACCGUACUCUGUUUAAAAUCAGGGUUUAGAGGAGAUGGACAACACGACUAUGGCAUGCAUCCUCAAGUUCAACCAGAAGACAAUUGUGUUAGUUAGUGAAGAAGUCUUACAAAUCCUUACCUUAUGGACAAUUUAUAUGCAGUUACCUUCUUUGUCCUGUGCCAGGAAUGGCCUCCUGAUAUCUUUUCCUUUUUUGCCAUGAGACAUGCUUUAAUUAGAAGUAUUUUUUAGAUAUUGUUUGAUCGAUAUACACUCAGAAGAAGUUUGUUGUUUUUGAAGUUAAGUUAUCUUGGACUAAAGGAAUAAAUAAUAUGAAAGCCUGUUGAGUCAACAAGUUGUCAGCUAUUGUGUCUACAGGGUUGUCAUUUUAAUAUUUAGCACUGUUAGACUUCUGGAGCUUCUGCUUUUAUUUGAUUUGGGCACAAAACAAAGCUUAAGGUGAAAUAGAAAGCUGAACUUAUUUGAUAGAGUGGCGAUUGUCCUGAUUAAAGGCCCCUCGUAGAGCAAAUGGUAUUGUCCUUUUGCAGGUGGUAGAAGUCUCCCUUCAUGUUGCUUUUUGAGGAAGGUUAUUGUUGAGUGAUAAUUUAGCUGGAUUUAGGUUUGCAGGUGAAAUAUGACACACAGACGAAGACUCUUUCCUUGCGGGAGGUUAGCUACCAUCCUGUUACCUCACAGAUGGCAGGCCUGCAAGGUGCAUCACUUUACUUGUCAACAGCCCCGUUGUUCUUAUCUUUGUGUGAACACACAAAAGGAACCUGAAAGAUCUUUGGAGACCGACAGGGUUCAGCCACGACGGCAUGAAACCAGCUGGAACCAGUAACUUUUAUAAUAGAAAGAGCCCUGUGGAUUUACAGGCACUUUCACUUUUCUCUGUCCAGAGCACUUUCCCUUUUU